UCUAGCCAGCAUUCGGUGUCGUUUGGUUCCGGACUCAGUUUGUAUUUAGCGGCUGACGCGGGAGGUUCGUGCGUUCGGUGCGUUGUCGGUGUUUGGAAUUGAAUGUUUUUGAAACGGCGAUCGGUCGAGUCGUGUGCCGGUAAUUUGUAUACAAAAAAAAAAAACACAUAUUUGGAAAUGCAAUAUCGAUGGCAAGUGCUCUCUGCAAAGUGAGUGAGUGAUGGAUCCUUGCGUCCUUCAGUUCUUUUCGGAUUCAAAUCCUCCACCGAGGUGCAACAGUUGUUUCGUAGUUGGAUUCUGAGUGGAAACAAUAUAUCCAUAAUAAUAUAUGUGUGCGUGUUUUCAAAAAGAGGCAAACAAGAAGUGGGAUUUGUUAUUGGAAAGUACAAAACAGCGCUCCCAUAGACACACACACUCGAUGCGGCCGAGCCAGCAAAUCCCCGACAAAUCUUAAACCAGUUUUAAGAUACAUAUUCUUGGUGUCAGUGUGUGCAUGUUGAUUUUUUCUGGCAUUGUUUUCGUUUAUUUUUUAUACUCCGCGCUGCUGCUGGCUCUGCAUCUUUUUUGUGUACCCAUACCCUUUGCGCCUGCCCCUAAUCGCGUUUCCAUUUUCUGGCCAUCGUCCAGAUCCGAGGUUUUGGUUUCGGGCUCCGCGUGAGCAACAAGUACCCCCGCCUAGUACCUAUACCCAUACCCAGACCCAUACCUAUGCCUUCAUCUAUAUCUGUACCCAUACCAAGUGCCUGGCCGCGUCUCGCUCCGCCUGCCAUCUGAAAACCCGAAAAACUCGGAAAGAAACGAGCUUAAAUUCUAACGAGAUCAGCACGCCAGUUGGUAACUCUGCCCCUCCAAUUGGUCCAAUUUGAAUGCGGUACGAAGCACCUCCAGAAUCCGGCGAAGAUCGCACAAGUAAUUCCAAAAGACCACCAACAAAAGAGUUUCGAACAAUGUAACGACAACCUAAACGAUCUAAACAUAAUCGAAAGCCGGAAAAUUAUUGUAUUGCCCAGAAAUCAAGUUGUUGAACAGACGCCAAAAAGCACUUCAGCGAAAUCAGCAUGUCUUCCGGCCUGAUGUCGUGUGUGAGGGAAAACUCGCCGCCGCUGGAAUCGGAGUUGGAUGCCAGCUGCGCCGGGGGACCAUUGUCAUUGCCGGCGGGUCACGCCCACCCGCACAACCAUGGCGCCACCUCAACGCCCAUCUCCAGUCCAGGAAACGAUGCCCACCAGUCCCCGACCGCCGAGCAUCCAAAUCAGCAGCAACAGCAGCAGAAGCGUCGUCGUUUCCAUCCGCUUCGCAACCUGCGGCGCAUCUUCCGGCGACGUACGAUCAAUAGCUCAGCGGACAGUCCUGCAUCCUGUCAGUCGCCAGGAGCCGGAUCCUGCAACACCUUGCCACCGCCCGCCACCAGCAGCAGCAGUGAGAAGAAUCUGCGCAGCGGGAUCGCAUCGCCACCAGGAUCUCCCCUGAAUCCCCAGCAGCUGAAGGAGAACUACCAGACGCAAUCGCUGCCCAAGUCCAAAUCGUACGGCUCGCAUCGCGAUGAGCUGCUAAGUGUGCUCCUUGGCAAAAAGCGGGCCAGCAAGCAGGACCACAGCCAGGUUGCAGUCCAACCCGAUUCCCAAGCGCAGUCGCAAUCCCCGCAGGAAGCCAUGUACCAGGCCCAGCGACAGCAUGGCGGCGUCGCCGUCUUCCCCGAUUCACUUGUCCUUAACCGGAGCAGCUACUUUGCCGAGCAGAGAAUCCAACAGCGCCAUCUUCGCAGCGUGGGUGACUCCUCGCAGGAACUGGAGUCCAGCCUAGGCUUAGGUUCGGGAUCAGGAUCCGGAGCUGGUGGCGCCGCUGACAUCUCCGACAGCCAGCGAAGCCUUAGCGAAGGUCGCCUUCUGGAUGUGGACGGGGAUUACUCUAGGGAUACCCUGUCCCAGUCACAUGACAGCGUCUUCUCCGAAUCGGCCACAGCCAGCAGUCUAUCCAUUGUACUCAAGGCGGAACUCACGGAUGUCCUGCGCAAGCGACGCAACAGGCCAGAUGCCUCUGACGAGGAUUUGGGUCUGCCCCGCAGCCCGGCUUCUCCGCAACGGAGGGCAGGGGGUGGAACCAGCAGUCGAAAUACCUCCGGAGUGGGUCACCAGUCACGGGGUCACCAGAGCGAGGUGUCUUCACUCAGCUUGCACAGUGUCAAUAGUGCCGAAGUGGAGACGGAGGACAGCCAGAGCUCCCAUCAAUACCGUCAUCACUCGCGCGUUUCCACCAGCUCAUCGAUCUCGAUGGGCUCGGAUAUACUGCGAUCACAUCACGAGGACGACGUGGACGCCGUGGGCGGAGAACGUCAUCGUCUUUCCCAUGCGGCGGCCAAGCACAAAAUGGCCAUCAGGCCUGUGAAAAAGAAAGGACCCACCAGGCAGCACCGGAUGACAUUGGAGACUUCCAUUCCGGAGGCCAAUGAGGAUGUGCUUAAGAUUAGCCCUGGAUUAAGAGCUGUCCAUGAAGCCGAUCUCAAGAUCAAGACGCGCUCUUUGCCACCGAAGACUCUAACUGCCAUUGCACCACCGGUCCAGGCUAACGCCGCCAGCUCGGUGACGACCAAACGAACCAAUACAAUCGAGCAGAGCUCCACCAUUACCAGCACCAUUAAGACCACAAGCUCGUCCUCCACGACAUCUCAGAUGUUCGGACUUCGAGGUCUGACCAGCAAGAGCAACGCUUUGCUGGAGAAUCGUGGAGAGUCUUCCACGGAUGGGGACGACUUCCUGGCCAAUGAGCGGGAGAAGGAGAACGAGGGUGGAUUCCUGCGCCGUCUGAUCCACCGGAACUCCAAGAGAUCCAUAGCCAGGGCCAACGACGGAGUCGAGGAUACGGAUUCCAGCCAGAGUGUGGCCAAGAAGCUGCAGAUCUCAACCUCCUGCUUGGAGGCCGCUGCUCGGGAUGCCGUUCAAGUGCCGGACAAGUCACGCAGUGCCACGUCGCACGAGCAGCACAUCCAGGAGACGCGACAAACAAUCAAGCGGGAGAUUCACAACGAAGGCAAGCACGGAUUGAACGCCAUGGUCAGUAACUACGGUGUGCAUCCACAUCCACCCACGGCAUUAAAGCCGAAAUCAGGUCCUGCCGCCAGGCAGCGAUACAUGCCCAAGGAACUGGGAGCUGCUCCGCUGGAGAAGAUAACCUCGGGCAACGAUGUGACCAACUUGUUGUCGAAGAGCUCGCGGGGCAACGACACCUUCCAGUCCACCACUUUGGUGCGGGAACAGCAGAACAAAGUGGAGACCUCAACGCAUUUCGGGAGGAAACCAAGGAUUGUGGGCUUGAGUGCCUUCCAGCAGAAGCUAUCGCGAUCCAGUGACUCAGUGGGCCAGCACUCCAGCUCCUCCAACUCGUUGGAGACCAGCACGGAUGAGCCCUCGGCCCUGUACUACGAGGAGAAGCAGCGCAAGACGGUUGAAAAGUCCCGCAGCUUCCGAAAUUAUGAGGACGAGGCUGUGGACUCCACGGCCGUGCACAACAAUAUGCCGAGUUUGCCGGAUCUGUCGCUAAGUUUUCGUGUGCCUGCCUACUACAAGCAACCGCAACAAUCGCCCUGUUCGCCGAUUUCCCCCAACGCCAAGUGUGUGUCACUGGGAUUCGAGAUCAACGACAACAAGUUGCUGCAGGCCCGAGCUGAAUCCACGGGCCAGUUGCCAUCUUCUGCGAAAAUCUCACCGCAAAAGGCCACCCCCACAAAGCUUAUCGUGAGUAGUCCGGGUUCAGCUGAUAUCUCCAAGAUCGAGGAGAACAUUGACCUUAUCGUGAAAUCCCCUCUGGUGAACGUUCUAAGGAAGUCCGGUAAUGUGGCUGAUAAGCUGCCCAAGGAGCAAACUACUCCGACCAAACAGCGACCCAAGCUACUCGACUUGGGAGCAAAGAUGACAGCUCCUGCGGCGAACCCAAGUCCCAGCCCGGCAAGUCCGUUGACCAAGAGUGCCAAGCUCUCUAACAGUCCACCCACCACCCCGGCCAAAGGGCAGGGAUCCUCGAACAGCAGUCGCCGGAAUUCCAGCAACGUGGAGAAUACCGGUGAGCCGGAGUUCAUGAAGAUCCAGCUGAAUCGCGUGGACCAGGCGCGUCUGCACAACAAGACCAAUCACUUGGUGCUAGCGAAGAACUUCAAGUCGCCCACGGAGCGGAGUCAGAGCAACGAUGAUCUCAGCUUCCGACGGAACAGCGGCGAGAAUCUGGCGGGAAUCGAGAUUGUGGAGCACCCUCAGCCGAAGCCUCUAAGCCCGGCAAUCAGGCCGACGACACUGGAGCCCAGCUUGAGCAGGCAAUUGAAAUCCGUUAGUGCCACUAGUAUGAGGAAUAGCUAUGGAAGUAGUAGUGAAGGAUUAGCCACUCCAGUUACUCCAGCCACUACACCAAGCACACCUAAAAGCAAUGGGUUUUCGAAAAGUAUUCCCAGUGCUCCCAAGAACGUAAAGGAAGUUAAAGAUGCCAAGGAGCCAGUCAGCCCGAAGGAGCCAGUGAAGAGCAAUCGCCUUUCUCUGGAGGAUCGCAAGCGGUUAUUCCUCAGCGAAGAGCGAACGAAGUCAGUGGAGCUACGCAGGAAGUCCAUUACCAAGUCAGAAAACACUGCUCCACCCACUCCUUCGGUGAUUCCAGCAACGCCCGCCAUUCCAGUCACUCCGGUAACUCCCACCUCUCCCGAAAUAUUCGAGGUCAAUGGCAACACUUCACCCACCUCCAAUCCCGUAGUGUUGCGCAAGAAAUCCUUUGCUAGCUGCAACGGCAAUCCCAGUCCCUCCAAGGACGAUCCCACACCCGAGCUGAUGAAGGUCUUUGCCCGCCGUUCACUUAAAGUGAAGGAUGACGACGUUGUGGCUGUGCCACAGGUACAACCAGCCGCUCCAGUGACCAACAGCAAGAAGCUGUCGCCUAGUGGAGGGGGAGGUCAGAGCGUGGAUAGCGACAAGGAGAACCAGUCGAACAGCGAGGAGAAGCUGGACAAACUGGCGCCCAAGAGCGAGCCCCAGGCGAAACAUCACCCCAGCACCAAUCGCAAUUCGGUUGCAGACUUCCGCAAUCUCAACAAUAAUAACAAUAACCAUCAGCAGCAACAGAAGGUGCCACCAAAGGUGGUCAACUACCUGCCCCCCAUUAAGACCAGCAAUCAGGGCCGCAAUAGCCUGAAUAACAAUAUCAGCAAUGGUAAUGGGAGUGCAAGGCCCGCUGCUGAAAGGUUUUCCCUGCAACUGAAGCAGGCCAACCCGACAGCAACUACUCCAACGUCUCCGGCAGCAGCGGCAGCAACACCUGUUGCAGCACCAACUGCAACAUCUGCAGCAGCAGCAACAGCAGCAGUAGCGCCCAGUAAACCCAUCGAGAGAUCAGCCACCGUGGGCGAGUUCAAGGGAAUCCACCAGAGACGCGCCGAGUGGGAGCAGAGGGCCAAGGAGGCGCUAAAGUAAUGGAUUACUUAUUUGGGUUAACCUAAAUACUCCGCCGACCAGACUGUACCUAGCCUAGCUGCAAUCCAAGUGCUUUUGUCUAGUGAUGCGCUCUCCUUCAAGCAAAUAAAGCCAACUGGGAGGCAACAAAUAAUCAAAUUAUCAUUAUAAUCGUUAGCUUAAAACCUGUAAAGAAUCGCAAAUGAAAUCAAAGUUGAGGGCGCCGGACUGGCGAGGUCAUCCAAAGACAAUAGCGACCUGUUCGGGUCCGGUGCCCGAAAAACUCGAUAGGCAAUAACUAUAUACCGAUCUUCAAAAAGUGACUAGAUUAUACUUAUUUUUAGUCUGUUCAGAGUAUCGCUUACUAUUAAAAGCUACUAGGCUUCGAUUCGAAUUUGUUCUGUGCAUGUCGAGAAAUGUUUUCAAAUAAACUAAAUUACAUCUAUUAAUUGAGAGUCAAGAAAACUGUAAGGACUGUGAGUAUAAUUACGCGUAGCAAGGAGCCUGAUAUUCGAAACAUUUGAUUUACUUUAAGUUGAUAUUUUGCAAGCUUUUAAUUGGUAGAAGAGAUUGAUUUUACUAUCUAGGCUAACUAUUAUUACAUAUUAGUAUCUUACAUGUUUCGAAGACCUUGUUUAUGUAUAAUCUUUAGAGUCUGCCGAGAUUACAGAUCCAUAUGAAUGUAAACGUGUAGAAAUUUAAUCAUAUUCACACCCAAGUGUAUGCAAAACAUUGCGAGUGUACAAUUGUUUUCGAAGUGUCAAGAUUGUAAAUGUACAUACAACAAAUAAAAACGAUUUAAUAAAUAUUCAAGUA